CUAUUCUUUGCAGUGACGAACUUCGUCCGUAAUUUUUGCAGGCGGCGGCCAAAAUGCGGCAUUAUUUUUCUGCGCUCCAUUUCAAGGCCGAGUCGCCGCACCGCAACGACUCCGGCGUUCUGGCGGCGGCGGAGCAGGCGCGCAGCGCGCUCUCCCCCCAGCCCUUCCCCUUCUCCGUGGCCCUUUUUUUUUGAAGCCUAAUUUUGCACACGCGGUGUUCUGCGCUGACUUGGUGGAGUUGGUGGGGGGCAAGUUUUUUUUCCUUCCUCCCGGCCCAGGAAAAAUUGUGAUCGCUAUGGACACAUCGUCUCCCGAAGGCCAAGUGGCUCCGGACAAUUGGGAGGAACACAGCGAGGAGAUCGGCGACGACGACAUCUCCAAGUCCUUCUCAAAGUUGAACGUGGACGCACCGCCAUUUGUGCCUUCUUUCGCCACCUUGCAGAUGGCACAACUCGACCCGCAGGAGAAAGACGGCGACGACUCGCCGUCCGACAAAAAAGACAGCGACCGGGAAGAUUCGGCAAGCAUGGACGACUCUCCGGCAGACUGGGAGUGCGUGACCCUGGAGGACAGCCCGGCAGGAGACCAGACGCCCUCGACGGGGGAUGAGGAGGAGCGCAUGGAGCUCUCCUCCAAGCCCAAGAAAAAGCCCCUCAAGGACGAGGACCAGGGGCCCCGCAAGGAGCACAUCAACGUCGUCUUCAUUGGGCAUGUCGACGCGGGCAAGUCCACCAUCGGGGGCCAGCUGCUCUACCUGACGGGCAUGGUGGACAAGCGGACGCUGGAGAAGUACGAGCGCGAGGCGAAGGAGAAGAACCGAGAGUCGUGGUACCUGUCCUGGGCUCUGGACACGAACCAGGAGGAGCGGGACAAGGGCAAGACGGUGGAGGUGGGCCGGGCCUACUUUGAGACGGAGAACAAACACUUCACGCUGCUGGACGCCCCGGGCCAUCGGUCCUUCGUGCCCAACAUGAUUGGGGGCGCCUGCCAGGCGGACCUGGCGGUGCUGGUCAUCUCCGCCCGCAAGGGGGAGUUUGAGACGGGCUUCGAGCGGGGCGGCCAGACGCGGGAGCACGCCAUGCUGGCCAAGACGGCCGGGGUGCGACACCUGGUCGUCCUGGUCAACAAGAUGGAUGACCCCACCGUCGAGUGGUCCGAGGAGAGGUACAACGAGUGCAAGGAGAAGCUGGUGCCGUACCUGCGCAAGUGCGGCUUCAACCCCAAGCAGGAGCUGACGUUCAUGCCCUGUUCGGGGCUCACGGGUGCCUUCCUGUUGGAGGUGGCACCCCCCGAGGUGUGCCCCUGGUACCGGGGGCCACCCUUCCUCGAGUACAUUGACGGCCUGGCCCCCCUGGGACGCAGCUCCGAGGGACCCUUCCGCAUGCCCGCCGUCGAUAAGUACAAGGACAUGGGCACGGUGGUGCUGGGCAAGGUGGAGUCCGGCUCCGCCCGGCGGGGCCAGCAGCUGCUGCUCAUGCCCAACCGCAAGACUGUGGAGGUGCUCCAGCUCUGGUCGGACGAGGACGAGACGGCACUCAUCACCUCGGGAGAGAACGUCAAGGUCAAGCUCAAGGGCGUUGAGGAGGAGGAGGUCUCCCCGGGCUUUGUGCUGUGCGACACCGUGCAGCCGUGCAAGAUGGGCAAGAUCUUCGACGCACAGGUGGUGAUCCUCGAGCACAAGUCCAUCAUCUGCCCCGGCUACAGCGCCGUGCUACACAUCCACGCCGCCAUCGAGGAGUGUUCCGUAAAGAUGAUCAUCUGCCUGGUGGACCGCAAGACGGGCGAGAAGAGCAAGACGCGGCCCCGGUUCGUGAAGCAGGACCAGAUUGCCAUCAUGCGCAUGGAGUGUGCGGGGGUGGUCUGCAUGGAGCCUUUCAAGGAGUUCCCACAGAUGGGGCGCUUCACCCUCAGGGACGAGGGCCGCACCAUCGCCAUUGGCAAGGUGCUGCGGGUGGUGGAAUGACUGGGAGCAGAAACGGACCGUCCUCCCAGCUCGCAGCAGACAGCAGACGAGAGUGCCGCCACCACCACCUCCACCAACUCAGCCGCAGACGCCUGGGGCCAGCCGUCGCCCCGCGGCGGCACGAGGGGCUGCGGAGGCGGCACACGGGCCGCGGCACCGCGGCGGGCAACCGCGCCCGCCGCCGCCGCCGGCGGAUGACCGACGUGGGUCCGGCGUCGGGGUUGCUCCAGGCACGGGGACGGGGGGGGCGCGCCGGCCGUGGUUGAGACACGGAUUUAAAGGCGGCCGGGACGCGCUUCGCUAGCGGCCACCCCGCACUCCGGGCAGACGUCGGCGCCGCCGUGGCGCCCGGGACGCGCCCCCGAUUGGUGUGUUUUCUCCGUCCUACGGAGUGGUUCCCUCGAUUCAGUGCCGUGACGUUGUCUGCUGCCACUUCGAGACCACUCUUGAUGUACGGGCUGGACAGGACACUGAACACGCCCGUCGGGGACGCGUUUCAGGUGCCAUAGCGCCGCGUCGGGUGACACCCGAACCGCCGACUCGAGCGCCCCGGGCCUGGAUCAAUUCUUGCGCCGUCUGCAGACUGCUAGCCGGUCCGAAUGGACGCCAUCGGCUGCUUACCUUUUGUACAGACUUUCUUUUCUUUCUUUCUUCCCCCCCGUGUCUUCUGUUCUUGGAUUAGGAAUGGUCUCGUCCUUCCCUCCUUGCUUUUUUUUUUUCUUCUUUGUGAACAUUUUAGUGGUUGUUGCCCCGUCGAUAUGCAGGACGGGGCUUUUUUUUUUUUUGUGGGUGCCACCGACGGGUGUUUGCGUCAUCUUUUUUUUUUUUUUUUUUUUUUUUUUUUCUGAAGCUGCAGUCUGGUCUUUUUCGAUGCCGUGCAGUUUUUACGGGGGUGCAAAAGAGCCAUUGGAAAUUGUCGAGGUGGCGGUUGAAUUUGCCCCGUAUUGCAUUGUUGGGGCAUGGGAUGUCUCUUGGGAUUUGUUUUACUAUCGCGAGAGAAAGAUUGCCCAUUUUUUGUUAUGUUUUUAUCAGCCUUUGGAAACAGAAUAAAGGAUGUUUAUUCCAAAGUC